AUGGCGGCAGUUCGACCUACCAUCGAAAUACCGCAGCGAUCAUACGUUGCCGAAGCAAGCUCCCCGACUAGCUCUAUCACACUUCUAAACGACGACCCUUAUUUGUAUGAUAAGUAUGACCUGCUGUAUGCGAGCACAAAGUGCACCUUCAAUCCGCAGGCCUCUGAGUUUGUUCCAUCAAAUACCCCUCUUGCCCAUAUUUCGCAGCACAUCCCAUCAAAGCAUCCCCUUUCAUGUCCAGACUUCCCAUCAGGGUUUCGGCCGGAAUGGUAUGCAGCGUUCGAAGCUGGAAUACAAGCACCACUCGAAGAGAUCACUCAGCAGGAUCACUUAUCCAGUGUGCUCUCGCACGAGUACACUUGGAACGCCACCUCGCUCAAGACCCUCGCGCAGCAUUUCCUCUGGAUGGCCUCCGAGGACAUUGACUCGCAAUCUGGCGCACGCGCGGCUGUGUUUGCGAAGAUGUUUGCAGACAAGCUGGGCCAGACCUCGAUCUGGGACUCGAGCUGCUUUUUGCAUAAUCUACGUGAUGUCACCUGUGCCGCGGUGAAGAUGGUUUGGGAUCCUCUUACACCUGACCGACUUGGACUUUCUGGAACUCAGACUGAUCUCCGCUGCAUCGCCCACCCCCAGAACACCAGCCUCGCAUACGUGACGAGUGCAACGACACUCCUUUCCUUCCUCGGAGCGCUCUACAACGAAGAUCUACUCGAGCGCAAAUGCGUACUCGGUCUGCUCACGCUCGUUCUGCAGCACACAUAUACCUUCGAAUACGUCUGCGGAAUGCACGCGCUCGUCGCCCACGCGGGCCCACGCCUCUGGCGCUUUGCGGGAAGUGGCAAGACGAUGCGCGACUUUGCCACGGCGCUGGGCCAGCGCGUGAGCUCAAUGGACAAGUCUGCGAGUUUACUGGGCGGCAUGUGUGGUCAGGCACAGAUCAGACCGUGGUCGUCUGAUAUGUGUCGCACGAUCGCCGAAUGGCAAAAAGAGAGAAUUGCUUCCACUAAACCCACUUCACCUUGGACUGCUCUCUCACAAGACAUUUUGUUGUAG